AGAAGCCAUUUUUGUUUCAUGUCUGAAAACCUUCGUUGACUAGAAUCUGAUGCAUAUUGGGCUCUGUGAAGGACUGGAUUACAAGACGCAGCCAAGUUUGGAGAGGUGUCCAGUAUACAAGGGUUGAGACACCUGAAGCCUUUAUGCAUCCCAUCUGUGGAUGGGUACCAUGAAUUGUGAAGAACCGAAUGUGGAGAGGGCUGUUCUCUCCUGGUCCAGAUUUGCUACAGCUGGCCAGACUGCCCUUAAGGAGGCCCUGAAGGUCUUCAAUCCCAUUUCCCAGGACCUCUCUGAGACAGAGAGGCAAAUGGUAUCUUUUCUUCAGGCGUUAAAAGAUGAAGGACGUAAACCAGUGGUGCUAAGAAGCAAAGAUGUAUAUGGGUACAGGUCUUGCACAACACAAUCUCUCACAACAGAGAUUGGCAGUAAGAUUCCAAGAGUACAAAAACCUUGUAAGAAACGAGGUCGAAAGACUUUGAUAAAGAACAAGGAUGCCAGUUCCUCGGUUUUCGGUACAACCGCCAAGGCCAUCUUACAAAACCAGCCCAAGAUUCUACUGACCAAUCUCUCAGUAGAUACUCUCAAGCAGACUGUUUCACCAAAACCAUCAGUGCCGAUUCCAAGUUCUGUUCAAGUGCAGCAGUGCCUGAAAUUAACAAACAUAAAGGGUGUUACUGGGGGCCAUACUGCAAGGCUGCAAAUUCACUUUGGUGUGGACUCGCAAAGCACGAUCAGUCCCAGUGUCCAUUGCCCACCAACUCUCUCUGGGAUACCACACUCUCCUUCAGAAAACAUCACUCAAACAUCAAGUGUAGUAGCUCUGGACAAUAAAAGAGUUUUGUCCUGUCCUGUUAAAGUGGAUGAUGCCCUCAUUGGAGAUUCUGCCCCAAUUGUUUGUCAAAAUGGUAUUAGUCUGAAAGAGGGUAAAAAGGUCCAGAUAAUAUCAGGUAAAUCUGGUGUAAUGAGCAAUGGUUUGAACUGUGAGGACAGUGAUUCAUUGAGGAGGCUGAACUGCCAAGGUUUAGGCUGGUCUCAGCCAGCCCUCGUCACAAAUGGCCAAGACGUGUCUAAACUGCAUGGAAAUAGUCUUCAGUGGAAAGUCAUCAAAGUGGACGAGUCUGUCACUGAUGAGGAGGUGAGGAAAGAGGCUCAGAAAAUCUUGCGAGUCAAUUUGUCACCUGUGAUACAGAUUCAUCCACUUGUACAUUCUGUAUAGACUAGAGACAUCAAAAGUGACUUUUAUAUCCACAUAUGCUAUUAGAAUUUCUUAUACUGGGGUGUUACUUGGAUCAAAACAUGAUUAUUUCAGUCUGAGUGGGAGUUUUAUCUCAAAUUAUGCAUUUUUCACAUGUAUGACCAACGUUGGUGAUCCAAGGAGGGAAAUUAGUUUGAUUUUCCGUUACAUAAGUGUUUCUUUUAUUCAUUGGAAUUUUGCCUUGAUUUUGAUAAACUAAGCUAAACGAAAUAACCACAUUGUAUCACUAUGCAGUGUUCCUAUAUGGUCCCCCCCUUUUUUUGGAACAGGCUCCCUGAGAAACAGAAUUUACAAAUUAAUCGGAUUUCUAGUGUGACUCUGUAAUGUUGGUUUAGAGAGAUACAUUAUUAUAAUUUGUUAUAUUUCAGUUUGCUAUUGUUUUUGAAAUGCCUUGACUAUGUUUUUAAUUGUCCAGUGCAUAAGUCUGUAGGCAUAGACUGCAUAACAUUUAAGUUUUAAUGGUACAUGGGGGUAGGGGUAUGUUUAUUCCCUAGCAUGUGUCACAGACCUGAUUGUCACAGUGAGUCUUGCUUGUCCAGUACCGUGGUAUGUUGAAGAUUGGUUCAAAUAACAUUGGCUUGAGUUAGAGGCAUUUUUACCAAAAAAAACCCAAAAAACCUACAUUCGAUUUGAUGCUGAAUAUUGAGUACAGAUUUUUGUUGUGCCCACAGAAUUGCUUAGUAUUCGUCCUGCUUUAACAGACCUGCUUUAAUUCAACAGCUCAUUUUGAGAUUAAUCAGAUGUAUUAGAGCAGAGAAAAACCUAAACUCAUCUGUGGUCUGACUUUACAGAAUUAAAGCUGCACUGCAUUUUUUUCCUGUUCUUGAUGCGUCCCUGUAAUAAUACGAGAGUUACAUCUAGUGAGAACUUGCUACUAAUUUGAAUCUUAAGUUAAUUACCCUAACUCUGGGACAUGGUUUCCUCGGAGACAAUGAUCAGUUCUCCUCCUGCUUGUCUGCAUACACCAUAAGCAGCAAGCAUAUAUAUGUUGAGAGUAUCACUAUAAACACUCAACCAAGAGAACUGGAAAUAGUGCAGGCCUGGUCAGGACUUGGCAGUGCAUAAUAAAUAAACAGUCCUUACUUCCUGUACCAUUUAAUAGAUCAGGAGCACUAUGAUAGAUUAAUUUCAUCACAGGGCAAAAGAAAUGGCCUUAUCUUUUUUUUUUUUUCUUUUUUUUUUUAAAUAUAUAAAUGUUACAGAAUAUAUUUUAUUCUGUACUUCUCACUCCAUUUUUUUAAAUGAGACAACACUGGUAUUUUGGUGCUCAAUGAUUACAAUGUUGCCAUAGCCACUAGCAUUCACACUUACAUAAUAAAUUGCUGACAUUGAUGGCCUAGAGCCUGAUUUAACUUUCAAUAACCAUAUUAACCAACACCUUUGUGAUUCCCAUUUUAUUUCUUGUCUAAUGACUGAUGGUGAGAGUUGAGCUUGGCAUCUUCUCAGCCUUCAGUCAGCAGAACUUGCAACCGAGAGGUCCAUCAAGUUUAAUAAAACCCCUAAAUGUUUGGGCUUACACAUCCCAACAAUUCUGUUUCUCUAUACCUUUUGUGUCCAUAUUGCCAUGGUGACGGUGACAAACACAAACACGCAAAAAAAAAAAACAAACCAAGUUUUUUCCCCCCAAAAAAUACUGGCUAAAAGGCUCAUUUUGAGGUCGUAUAUGCAUAUCUUUAUUUUUUUCAUCUAAUGAUUCUCUAUAUACAUAGCUUGAGCUUAGAUAUGGAUGUAUUUUUCAAGACUAUUGCAGUGUAUAUGUCAGCAAAUGUUCAUGAUUUUUUGCAGAAUCUAACUGUACACUCUUAAAUACUGCAGUUUUUACAGAACACUUAACCUGUGUACACAGUUGAACUGUUUCAAAUGAGCGUUCAGCCGUUCCUCAUGACUUUGUUAUUGGAAUAAUUUUGUGUUGGGAGAAGGACGUUAUGCCGGAAGCCGCAAAACACCUUUUUAAGGCUAUUUCAGUCUGUAACAGAAACCAUUGCCGAGACAUCCAGAACAACUUCAUCUUUUAUUACUGAAUAAUCUUUUCCAUUCAGUUGAAUCUGUGACCUUGAACUGUAAAAUGUCAGUGUUGUAUCUUUAGUUAAUAUUAAGAAGUUGUGAAUUAAAGUAUUUAAAAAUGA